AUGCUGUACCUUUGCGUCAAACUUUUUCUAUUUAUUUCUUUAAUCUGUGUGUUGCAAAAUUUUAAUGAUGGCACACACUAUAACCCCAGGAACGGCUUUAAAAUUAGCCGACAAUUAGCCUUUGUUCAUGGACAUGGACAUGGACAUGGCCAUCAUACCCAUACUGUUCAUAACCACUGUACCGAAACCGUUGUGGAAAAAUGUGGAUCAAGAGAUCCCACUUCCAUUAAUAAAUAUAAACGUGAUCCAUCAUACGAUUUCCCAUUUGACCGACCUAAAUGCAGACCUGGACAUAUGAAUAUCCAUGCACAUACACCAGUGGUUGUUGGUCCAGCGUACCCCCCAAUGGUACCGGGAGUAGUUGCUGAUCCGAUUGCAGCUGCCAUGGGUCAUCCUCCUGUACCUUAUCCACCAUGUGCAGGUUUCAUGGGAUUCAGACAUCGAUAUAUAACACCAAUGGUAACGACUUUUAUGGCAUUACCAUAUUAUGGUAGAGGAAUAGUAUCAUUUCUUAUACUAGCGGUAGUAUCAGCCAUUUUUGUAGGUAUUUUUGCUGCUUUAGGAUUCAUCGGUUAA